UCCCGCAGGGAGACCGAGGGCGUCCCCAGCACGGCCAUCCGGGAGAUCUCCCUGCUCAAGGAGCUCAACCACCCCAACAUCGUCAAGCUCCUGGACGUGAUCCACACGGAGAACAAGCUCUACCUGGUCUUCGAGUUCCUGCACCAGGACCUGAAGAAGUUCAUGGACUCCUCAUCCCUCAGCGGCAUCGCGCUGCCCCUCAUCAAGAGUUACCUGUUCCAGCUGCUGCAGGGCCUGGCGUUCUGCCACGCGCACCGGGUGCUGCACCGCGACCUCAAACCCCAGAACCUGCUCAUCAACGCCGACGGCGCCAUCAAACUGGCCGACUUCGGGCUGGCCCGCGCCUUCGGGGUGCCCGUGCGCACCUACACACACGAGGUGGUGACCCUGUGGUACCGAGCCCCCGAGAUCCUGCUGGGCUGCAAGUACUACUCGACGGCCGUGGACAUCUGGAGCCUGGGCUGCAUCUUCGCUGAGAUG